AUGUCUAAAUCCAUCCCUGUCUGGCCUCAGCUUCCUUCGAAUUGUUCCUUCUCCCAGCGUGGCCUCCGCGAAGGCUGGGUCCCUUAUUAUCGUGACUCAUUUUUGACACGUGCCCACAGCGGAGUUGGGGCCCUGCUGCUGCUGGUAGACCUCCGACGGCAGGAGGGUGGCUGUGGGAGGUACUGCUGUGGCCUCAGUCAUUGUCGUGUUUGGGACCUGGCCCCUGAUCUGGAAACAGAAUUGUCGGUUCCAAAGCCCCUCACCAUGCACUCGCUGCUCAUGAAAGAAGCCUGGACUCAGCUGGUCGAUGAGGAGAAGUCACAGGACAGAGGUUCUGGGAGACGAGACGCCAUCUUGGCUGAUCUAGCUCCAGCUGCACUUACAGCCGGAUGGCCCCACACGGGUCCUCUAACACUACCUGUCCAGGAGCAGAAGAGCUGCCCAGCUGAGCUCAGCCUGCCUACAGACUUCUGA